GGGCUACGUCUGCUAUGUGCUUAUGCUGUGCGUAUGCAGAGAGAGACAGUGAGAGAGAGAUGGGCAGAUGGCCUUUCCUCUCCCAGUGACAGGUACUUGUUUGUUAUGAGAGCGCAAAAGCCUCCGAGUGCAGUAGUACUUGCCAGAGCUUACUGUGUACUAUGGCCACCCGACCCCUGCUCAAGAAUUUACUACAACACCACCGUGGACGAUGUAUCCACACAUCUCCGAUCCUUUCCCCCUAUCCUCCCGGCAGGCCCACCCUCCUCCUAACUAACGUUACUAACCACGAUAUAGUAAGGUGACAAUUACCCUGCCUGCUCCACAGGCAGUUGGCACUCCUUUGAGCAACACGAGCACAGGCCUCCCUGCUGCUCUUUCCAUUCCCUAGCUCCCUUGUCUCUCCCCUCCACCCAGUUCCUCUCUCCUUGCCAUCGCCGAGGAAGAGUGCUGAGAGGGUUCCCCAACCUCAUUGCUAGCUAGACCACCUUAGACACCAGCCAGUUACUUCGUACUGCAAAUUAUUCCGCAAAGACACGAGAAAUUCUGUACCUUGGCUUGCAUGGGGAGCGGCAGCGAAGGCGGCAGCGGUGGCGCCGCGGCGAGCGUUCGGGAGCCUCACGACUUCAGCAACGUCGCGUCGUCCUUCUCUGAGCUGCCGUUCCUGCGCUCCGCUCCACCUCGUGAAAGCCCCAACUCCGGUAUCCGCAUCUUCGGCAUCGACGUCCCGCAUUCGUCACCGGAGAGCAAGGCUAAAGAAACAACCGCCACCACGGCUGCCGCCGCCGCCGCCGCUGCCGCUCCCACCGACAGCAGCCGAAAGUUCGAGUGCCACUACUGCUGCAGGCACUUCCCGACGUCGCAGGCGCUCGGCGGCCACCAGAACGCGCAUAAACGCGAGCGGCAGCACGCCAAGCGGGUGCAGAUGCAGUCGGCGAUGGCCGCCGCAGCGGCGGCGGCUGGCGGCGCGCACCACCACCACCUCCUCGGCUACCCGCAGCAUCGCUUCGGCGUGGCAGGCCCUACGGUGGCGACAUUGUACCCGUGGCACACAACAAUGAGGGCUCCAGGCCCCGGCGGUGGCGUCGCCAUCGGCCCGCAGGUCUACGGCGGGGCCGGGUCGAUCGCUCAGCCGAUCAACGGGAACCCCCUGACGGCUGGGCUCGGGAGGGGGCCGUCUGCUGGGCAUGGGAACACGAGCAUGCCGCCGGCUGGAGAGCGGCGGCCAGUCGCGCUGUCCGUGUUCCGCGGAGACGAGUCAGACCCAAGGGCUUCAUCAACGUCUCUUUUGGUGUCGCCCUCCUCGUCUUCCUCUUUGCUGCUGUCUCCACAAGGUAGCAGGCACCCAGCUUCCUGCCUUAAGCAAGUGGUCUGUCCUGCUUUGGAGCUUUUAACGUUCAAUGCUAUCAUUUUUGAUGUUGCUGCUCCUGUUUCUGCUGCACUGCUGUUCCUGUCACUUUUUUUGUGGAGCGGAAGCAGGAGACCCCUACUGUCACUAUUGUUGGUGAUAGAUCCAAUGCAACUUCAGGAUGUGUCGUUUUCUCCCUCCUGCAUGCAAACACGAACUGCCUACAAGAUUCAAAAAAUACUGGGGACAGAAUCUAGCACUUUUAUCUUGCAUGCAGAAAACCUUUGUACUAUUCUUUGGAGUUUGGACAUGCAACAUCUUAUUUUAUUAAGUAAAUCACCAAUGUAAUGAACACCAUGAAUACUCUACUGCCAAAUGCUAAGGAGUCACUAUUUUGGUUAAA